AUGCCGGCCCUCACCAGUUCUGACGUUUCAACCUCGGACGAGGAUACCCGGCCAAGGGAGAACGGGAACGAUGUCAGCAGCCAUGAAUACAGUCGUCAAUCUCAGAAGCUGGCACAUCUCCACCCGAGCGCGGAGACCGACGCGACAGGUCCAACCCAUGCCGUCGAAGCCAAGUACGUCACGCAGCUGGACGCGGUGGUGGAACUGGCCAACGGCAAACGCCUGCCCACCGUCCCGCUCGAGGAGGCGGAAAAACUCAACACAUUGCGAGCUCAGUCUCAAGGUCUCGCAUCUCCACGGCCACCUCGGGGUCCCCUUCGCCAUGGAGCAGAUGGUUCCGUCCAUGGCGUUUCAAAGGCAGGCGCCAGCAUCAGCGUCACCGAAGACGACGACGCGGCCGAACCGGCAUUGGGGGAUGCCCCUCCUGUCUCACACACCAAUCCGCUGUUCCCUCCGCUACCCCUAUAUGGACCGCCAUCUAUAUUGAGGACACUACAGAGCUGGACGUUCCGCAUCUCGUCCGCAUAUCUAUCCCUGGCAUUCCUCCUCGCAAUCGUCAUCGGCGCGGCGGUCAGUGCCGUCCCCAAGGUCCUCAAACAUGUCAGGCGGCGUGCUAUGUUGCAGAACCCGAAGCGGCGUCGACCCUUCUACGAGGAGGAACUGAAGAGGAAGCAAGAGCGCCGGGCAGCCGAUAAGGCCUGGCUGCGGAGUGGCGGCGAGGGCAGCAGGACACCUUCUGGCGAAAAGGGAGUCCCUCAGGAUGGCGAAUUCAUCCCGACUCGAGGAGGACCGGAUCGGUUGGUCAAGGACGUCGCGUACUAUGCGCAAAGAGUCGGGUUGGAUUCGGAGACGUACGAAGUGCAGACCGAGGACGGCUUCGUGAUCGAACUGUGGCACAUCUUCAACCCUCGUGACUAUAGCCAGCAACAAGCAAGAGCUCGGGGGAUGCGGGGACCUAAGGUGUUUCACACGAAACCCGGAGAUCCCGACUAUGGCCGUUCGCAGCCUUUCGCCGAAGGUCGCAAGAAAUACCCCGUACUGAUGAUGCACGGUCUGCUCCAAAACGCCGGCGCCUUCUGCACCACCGACGACGACUCGCUCGCGUUUUACCUCGCCAAGUCCGGGUACGAUGUCUGGCUGGGCAACAAUCGAUGCGGCGAGGUCCCGCGGCACACGUCCCUCACCUACAACGACCCGCGCAUGUGGGCCUGGAACAUCCGCCAGAUGGGCGUCAUGGACCUCGCCGCACUCGUGAGCCGCGUGCUCGCGGAGACCGGGUUUCCGAAACUCGCUCUGAUCGCGCACAGUCAAGGCACGACGCAGACGUUCGUCGCCCUGGCCAAGGAACAACGACCCGACCUCGGCGACAAGAUCUCCGUCUUCUGCGCCCUGGCGCCGGCCGUCUACGCCGGGCCAUUGAUCGGCAAGAUGUACUUCCGCUUCAUGCAGCUGAUCGGCCCGGCCGUGUUCCGGCUGGUCUUUGGCAUCCACUCGUUCAUCCCGAUCAUGAUGGUCGCCAAAUCGUACGUCCCGGCCGGCCUGUUCGGCUGGCUCGGCUACCACGUCUUCUCUUUCCUCUUCGGCUGGUACGACACGCGCUGGGACCAGGGGCUCCGCGACCGCAUGUUCCAAUGGGCGCCCGUCUACGUCAGCGCCGAGAGCAUGCGCUGGUGGCUGGGCCGCGAGUGCUUCGCGCAGCAGCGCUGCAUCCUCGCCACGCGCCAGACAGACAGUGACCCGGAGAUUCCGAUCCCACGAUCGGUGUGGAAAAAAAAGGGGGGGACAGAGGGAACAGAGGCGCUCGGUCCUGCGUCGACAUGA